GUCAUGUUCUAGAAUCUGGAUUUUGGUGUUGUCACUUUGACAGUUUCAUUUUAAUCCUUGAUAAAAACAGAAUUGAUAAAAAUUCAUUAUAUAAUAGAUAUAUGAGAGAUAACAGAAGCUGUCACAAGAUGUUUAUUAACGUUUGAAUGACGCAUCGUGAGCCAUGAGACCUGGGUUGAGCGAUUGAAGCAGUGCCUUCAAAACUUGUGUAUUGUCCUAAACCUGUUUACGUAUCUCCUAAUCCUUAUUUGCGAAAGGACACGCCAUGUUCAGCAAAAAGAAGGAAGUUAAACGACGACCAAGGCCCGCAGGAAGUCUUGCUCAGUAUGGAAUUUUUGAAGUGCCUGAAUCGAUUGAAGACAUCGGCAAAUGUCGUGAAUUGGACGACGAUGAUGAAGAUUUGGAAGCGGAAUUGGCCGCUUUGACUACUGGAGGCGGUGCUGGACGCCGACCUCGUAAAGCUCCUAAACGAAUUCCUGACGCAGAAUUGAAUGCAAUGAUCAGUGAUAGUAUGAAAGAUAUCAAUUCUGAAGAGGAAUUAUCUGGAGAUGAAAAUGACCCUGAUUUACUGGACGAACUUCAGAUGCUCACUGGUGAGGAGAUUCCCGCCGAGAGUCCUGAAAUCGAAGUACCACCGGAAGCUCCGGUUGAAGCAACCAGUGAUGCCGGUAUGGAUAAUACUGUAAAACUAUUAGAAGAAAGAUUGAAAAUGUACAUAGCCGCGGAAGGAAAAGCAAAAAGUGAAAACAGCACUUCGAAAGUUCGAAGAUACGGAAGAGGGGUAAAAACGCUCAAAGAAAUGCUGACGAGUGCCAAAUCUGGUAGGCAAAUUGACACAGCCGACAUUCCACCAGUGCUACCACCGUCAGCUACAUCAACUGUUACUGAAAAACCAUCAUCACCAGAACCAACAGAAUCGAAGGCACCAGUCCCGAUGGAAGAAUCUCCAUGUCCAGAGGAGGCUGCUGAGCCAAUUCCAAGCACUUCUUCAGCUACUGAGGUUGAUCAGGGAACUUUAAAUUUGUUGAAAAAGCGACAGCAGGAAUAUAGAAUAGCAGCCGUCGCCUGGAAAAAAGCUGGGAAUACAGAAGAAGCUAUUCAACAUGUAAAGCUUGUGAAGCAAUUUGAUCUAGUCAUUGCAGCUAUUUCUGCAGGAAAUGUUGUGGACUUGGCUGACAUGCCAGGAAGUCCAAAAAUGCCAGAGACAACGAUAGCUGCGCCUUCAACUUCGGAUAGGGAAGAAAGUGAAUCACAGCAAGCAACUACUGCAGAAGAAGAAGCGCCACCUCAGCCUCAAGAGCCUUUAUCCGGCACAUCCUUGGAGUCCGCCCUAAAAGAACGUCUUGAGGUUUACCGACGGACAAAAGUUGCAGCCGAGGGCGAAGGGAAUACAUCAAAAGCUCGAAGAUAUGGUCGAAUUUGCAAGCAAUUCGAAGAUGCUUUAAAAUCGUAUGCGAGAGGAAAGCCUGUUCCUCUGUAUGAACUUCCUACGCCUCCAGGAUUUCCUCCACUAGCAGUUAGUGCGCCCGCACCUCCGGAACCAACCUCACGUUCACCACUAAAACCAGAACCCGAGAAACAAUCUUCCCCAAAAGAAGAGCCUAAACGAGCUCCAGUAGUUCCGCCUAGAGCAAAUGCAGAUAAGAAGCAGAAAAUGAUAACCUCCCGCGCCGACAAGCAAAUGAUGCAGAUACAACAAAGACAACAAGAGUUUAAACAAGCUGCGCUUAAAGCGAAAAAAGAUGGGGACUUGGAACUUGCACGAGAUUAUCUUAGACAAGCAAAAGGAAUGGAUCCUUUAAUUGAAGCGAGUAAAUCUGGACUGCCCGUGGAUAUGAAUUCUAUUCCUCUGUCGCCUGAUGCAAAAAUGCAAUUAACUGCCACUGGUUUAGACCCCAAAUUGGACGAGAGUUUUGAUCUUAUAUCGAAGAAGGAAUGUUUGGAAGAAGCAACAGGUAGUGACGAUCAGAUUUAUGAAAACUUGGAGGCACAGCUGCUCAAACAGAUUAAGUGGUGCUUAUCUACAAGAGAUCACUGUAAGGCUUUAGGUGACGUUCCUGGUUACAAUAGGUGGGAAAGACUUGCGUUGAGUUACACUCGAGAUUUGGACAUGUUACGUGUUCGAAAACGAAACGGAUCGCCUCCUCCACAACAUCACUACGAGAUUAAAACUUAUGCCAUUGUCCAAAGCUGUACAGAUUUAAACGAUGGAGAUCUGGAAUUGUCAAUAAUUCGAGGCAUAAAUUAUCCCAAGGAAGCAGACACAUAUGUGGUAUUUGAAUUUCCCUAUCCCACUGACAGCCCAAUGACUGAUUCGACUUCGACAGUUCGAGACACUAGCAAUCCAGAAUACGAGGCUGUUUUUCCAUUAAAUGGAAUUAUUGAGCGAAGCUCGCGACAGUGCCAAAGAGCCUUCAAGAGGCAUGCAUUAAAAUGCCAAGUCUGGUCCAAAGGAUGCUCGCUGAACCCCAUCCUGUGUUGCACUCACCCAAGGGGAUUUUUCAAACGAGACAGCCUAUUGGGGACCGUUACCGUAAAACUACAGCCUCUUGAAACACAUUGCAUUUUACACGAUUCUUUCUCGUUGAUGGAUGGGAGAAAGUCGACAGGCGGAAAAUUAGAAAUAAAAAUGCGUCUUCGAAAUCCUAUACUCACAAAACAAAUCGAUCAAAUCACGGACAAGUGGUUAACAAUUGACCACUGAUCGUCUUUUGCUCCUUAAACUGCCUUGAAACCCAGACUUUCAAUUCGUCUUAGUACACGAAUAAGUAUGAAGAAAGUAAAAAAAUUCUAUGAAUAGGGGAAAAAAGUUUUUAAAAAAAUGUCUCAACUCUUCAUAAAAGUUUUCGUUUCUUAUUAUUUAAGCACCUACUUCUGCGAUUACAAAGCUUUAGUAUUUUAUCAAGGAUAACUGUGUCAAUGUAAAUACACUGAAUGCAACAUUGUAUAUAAAUAUGGGAGUCCACGUGCCUAAAAUAUCAGAUUUUAUGUUUUACAGCUUAGAAUAGUUAUUUUGCUUAAUAAAUGAACAAAAAAAGAA